AGCUUGCAUUGAACGCCUGCCUCAGACUGGCUUAUUGCUUGAAAGACCGUGAAACCGACAAGGGAAGGCUAAAACAUGUCGUAUGUGGUUGGAGCUGACCUUCCGUUACGGCUAUUCCCUCCACAUUCCGAUGACGACAUCUCCGACCGCCUUCACCACAGAUGGACGGUACUGAUGCUUGCCAUCAUGGCUAUAGUGGUUGGCGUGACCGAGUACGUGGGAGACCCGAUCCAUUGUUGGUGUCCUGCAGAGUUCACUGACUCCCACUGUAACUACACCGAAGCCAUCUGCUGGAUCAAAGACACCUACUACAUCCCCCAGACUGACUACGUACCCACCGACAUACACCGACGGGAGGAGAAAGAAAUCAAAUAUUAUCAAUGGGUUCCGAUAAUCCUGCUCUUCUUGGCUCUGUGUUUCAAAGCGCCUAACCUCUUCUGGAAGAUGCUGAACACGAAGAGUGGUGUGAAUCUUGAGAAGAUGAUCGCGCUCUGUGAUGACUGCCAAUUUGGAUCCGAACGUGAGCAUCACAUUGAAAUAGUAGGACAUGUCAUAGAUCGCUGGCUCAGAGCAUCAAAACGGGCAACGUUUGGUAUCCUCCACGUCAUCAUUGAAAAACUCUCUGCAUGCUGCUGCUGCUUUUGUCUUGGAAGAAGAACUGGAACCUACUUAGCUGGUCUCUACCUUGGCAUCAAGAUCCUCUACAUGUUUGUUUCCGUUGGCAUGCUGUUCCUGCUGAAUAAAUUCCUUGCGAUGGACUAUUGGGUAUAUGGAGCGGAGGUGAUCGAACACCUGUUGACGAACAGCGAAUUGAGGGAAUCGCCAAGAUUCCCAAAGGUAUUGAUCGUAAAAUUGCAGAAGUCUCACGCUGAGGGUAAGUUCACGCGAGAUUACCUUGCUACGGACGGGGUGUUUGCUCUGAGAAUGUUGGAAUACAACACGAAUGAGAUGGUAGUGUUGGACGUCAUGAAGUUCCUGUGGGGAAAAUUCGGAGAAAGUGUCGUCGUCUAA